AUGGCCGGCCUCGUCGGGAACCUGGGACAAGCCCGCCGCCCCGCCCCGCAGGAGUACAGGCUAGCAGGCCAGGAAAACCCAGCCACUAAAACCCGCUACUUCCUCCGUAGACUGUUGGGCUCCGACCCCUCGCAUCUGAGUGAAGACGACCUCCCUGGCGACUUGCAGUCCCUGUCGUGGCUAACGUCCGUCGAUGUCCCUCGGCUGCAACAGAUGACCAGCGAAAGAAUGGAUUUUGGCAUCAGUUCCCAGAAUGUUGUCCUGCAACAGACAGGUUCCAUGCACACCCCAGGGGCUCCAGGACCACCGACUCACAUACAAGCCAGGGUGUCUCCAAGCAUUCUAGGACUUAACACCAUCUCACCCCAUGGAACCGACGUAAGUCAGUAUGUUGUUGGGGGACAGCCGUCCCCAAGCCUUCAAAUGCAGCCAGCCCCUCUCUUCCCUCCUCCAUCCUGCCACACGCAGCAGAUCUUCACCAUCACGCACAGCACGCAACAGUGCUCCCCAGUGGCAAUCUACAGCACCACUUAUGGAACACACACCCACUUUUCUCAGCCCCGCCUGGCUCCCCACACAGCGCAAGAGCUACACACCAAGCACUACCCCAAGCCAAUCUAUUCCUAUAGCUGCCUGAUUGCCAUGGCCUUGAAGAGCAGCAAGACGGGCAGCCUCCCUGUCAGCGAGAUCUACGGCUUCAUGAAGGAGCACUUCCCCUAUUUCAAGACCGCCCCUGAUGGCUGGAAGAAUUCCGUGCGGCACAACCUGUCCCUGAACAAGUGCUUUGAGAAAGCGGAGAACAAGUCGAGCAGCACCUCCCGCAAAGGCUGCCUGUGGGCCCUCAACCCUGCCAAGAUAGAGAAGAUGGAGGAAGAAAUGCAGAAGUGGAAGAGGAAAGACCUCGCCGCCAUUCGCAGGAGCAUGGCGAACCCAGAGGAACUGGACAAGCUGAUCACCGACCGCCCCGCUGGCUGCAGACGGUCCAGCAAGCCAGGAGAGGCCGAAGCGUCCGUGCGCAGCCAUGGGGCAGCGGCCACUCCAGGCCACCUCUUGCAGGUGCAGCCCCAGCCGAUGGGGACUCUUUCCUUGCAGUCCAUCCGGCUUCAUCGGCAAAUCCAGACCCAGGCGUGCUUGGCCCCAGACUCACCAGCCCCUGCGCAGACGCCCCCCCUUCACGCCCUGCCCAGCAUCCACCACAGCCCCCUCCCUCAGCAACUGAUGAGCCGGGGCCCCGAUUUUCUCAGCGCGAUGACUGACCUGAAUACAGAGGUUGAUGCCCUUGACCCCAGCAUCAUGGACUUUGCACUACAAGGGAACCUGUGGGAGGAGAUGAAGGAGGAGAGCUUCAGCCUCGAGACGCUGGGUGCCUUCAGCAACUCCCCCCUGGCGCUCUCCGACUGCGACCUCGCCCCCGCCAGCCUCCCUCCUGCACCCAGCGCCAGCGACCACUCCUUUGCGGAUGUACAGGUGACGGGCCUCUACGCGACCUACGCAACCCUGGACGCCGUUUCGCCCACACAGUACCUGGGCCCUCCGGGGAACAAGCCCAUCGCACUCCUCUGAAAGCCACGCUGGGCCUCGGACCGA